AGGCUGAGCGACAGAUUCCACACAAGAGGGAACCCCAAGGAAGUUUGAGAAGGACAGAAAAGGGGCGAAGAAGAAGAAGAUAAGGGGAGGUCGUCAGUGGAGGGGAUUACGCAUUCUGGUGACAAGUGGCUUGGGUGACAGCAGAAUUACACAAACAGAGACAUGGUCAUGCAUACAAACCACAUCAUAACAAGAUGGGAUGCAGCACUGCCAGGAUCAUGAAUUAUGGUGCUGGUGAAUGAAGAAUUUGUAACACGGACCAGUGAAACUACUAUCCUCUGUCCACUAUCCACGUGAACUCCAGAGGAAAUGUACGGAUGGACUGUAAAAAUGAGCAUGCCGAGUGUUUUGGCUGUGGCGAUGGUCUUUUUUAUGAUUCCUGGUGGGGUGCUGAGUGAUAUGAGAGGUACUCAGGGUCUGGAAGCCCAACAAUUGGCUCAGGGGUCCACUCAUUUGCACCGUCGCCUGAAGAGAGGCUGGAUCUGGAAACAGCUGUUUGUCCCCGAGGAAGAUCCUACUCCUCGUGUUAUUGGCCAGCUCAAAUCUGAUUCUGAUCAAGGUGAGUCUUCCAUCAAGUACAUAUUAUCAGGAGAAGGUGCUGGAGAUGUGUUUGAAAUAAACGAGUAUACUGGGGAAAUCCGGACACUGAAGAAGCUUGACCGUGAGGAAAAGGCGUUCUAUGUGCUCCAAGCCCAGGCCAUCAAUAGAUGGUCCAACGAACCAGAGGAGCCCCAGUCAGAGUUCAUCAUCACGGUGCAGGACAUUAACGACAAUGUCCCCCAGUUCCAAAAUGAGCCAUAUGUGUCCAGCAUUCCUGAGAUGUGUCCAAUUGGGACCACAGUGGCACAGGUGACAGCCACAGAUGCUGAUGAUCCCAUGUUUGGAAACAACGCCAAGCUCAUCUACUCCAUCCUGCAGGGGGAACCUUACUUCUCUGUGGAGCCAAAGACCGGGAUUAUUGUAACAUCUUGGCAAAAUAUGGACCGUGAAGCCAGAGAGCAGUACCAGGUGGUGGUGCAGGUGAAGGAUAUGCUGGGUCUUAGCGGCGGUUAUUCCUCUUCCACUACGGUUACGGUCAGCUUGACUGAUGUCAAUGACAAUGGACCCACAUUCCAGCAGCACCUUUACACCUUUGCUGUCCCCGAAAACGCAGCCAUCGGCACCACAAUAGGCAGAAUCAUGGCAGAGGAUGGAGACACUGGCAUCAAUGCCAAAAUGACCUACAGUCUGGAGGGUGAACUGGAAGAAAGCACUUUUAUCAUUAAAACAGACCCAGUAACACAAGAGGGAGUAAUUCUGCUGGCCAAGCCUUUGGACUUUGAAGUUAAGAGACGUUUUGACAUGACCGCUGAGGCGGUCAAUGACCACGUGGACACUCGUUUUCUGAGUCUGGACGAGUUCACUGAUAAGACGACAGUGAAAGUCAUUGUGAGAGAUGAGGAUGAGCCACCUGUUUUCCUUUCGCCAGUCUACGAGUGGAAACUUCCUGAAAAUGCAGCUGUGGGAACUGUGGUUGGCAGCGUUAGCGCUAGAGACACUGACACAGUCAACAAUCCCAUCAGAUACUCUGUUGACAAAAGGAGCGAUACCACAAAAGCUUUUAAAAUAGACCCAAACAAUGGAACGAUAACUGUCGCUAAGUCUUUGGACCGAGAGACUGCAGCCUGGCACAAUGUGACAGUUGAAGCUAAGGAAACAACGCAGAACCAUUUAUCCUCCUCUGUGGUGGUGUUCAUCAAAGUACUGGACAUAAACGACAAUGUGCCAAGGCUUGCAAGAGAUUACCAGCCAUAUAUCUGUGAGGGGACGCAGGCAGGAGAACUCAUUCAGCUGCUCAGCGCCGUUGAUCCAGACGACCCUGUCGAAGGACAUCAUUUCUACUUCUCUAUGGUCCCCGAGAAGCGCAUUAAUCCAAACUUCACAAUCAGAGAUAAUCAAGACAACACAGCUGGAAUCGUGGCACGCCGGAGUACUUUCACCCGUAAGGAUCGAACCCAGUACCUUUUGCCUGUGGUGGUGGCAGACAGUGGCUCUCCAGCCCUUUCCAGUACUAGCACUCUGACCAUUAGUGUGUGCAGCUGUCAGCCUGCAGGCCAUUGUCCCACAGGAGGGGUGCAAGCCCUUGCUCUCUCCAUGGGGGUGAGCCUGCAAACCUUGUUAGGGAUUCUGUUCUGCCUGGUCACACUCACAGUGCUGUCAGUCGUAAUGCUGAUAGUGAGGAGACACAGGAGAAAACAGCAGGAGGGACGUGAGGUGGAGGUGAAGGAGCUGGAGCUGCCUGAGACUGUGUCGCAGAAGGUGUUUUAUUAUGGAGAAUCAGGAGUUGGAGGAGUGGAGCUGGACUUCUGCCAACCUACUGUCCCAAUGCGCCCCCACCCCAGGAGAAGGGAGAGGAGGAUGCGAAGGGAAGAUGUCAGGGCCAGCAUACGAAUGUCCCUCCGAGAGUCACACCUCAUUGGCCCGGAGGACGAGGUCUUCAGGCAGUUUAUUCUGGACAGGCUGGCAGAAGCUGAUCAAGAUCCUUAUGCUCCUCCUUUCGACUGCCUUCAAACUUAUGCAUAUGAAGGGUCGGGGUCUCCCACAGGGUCUCUGAGCUCACUGGACUCUUCUACUUUGGAGUCUGACCAGUCUGUUUGUAAUCCCAGACCCUCUCUAGCAAGACUCACACCAUGGUACGGUGCAAGAGAGGAAGACACAAUCUUUUAAUCUGAUUUAUUAAACAAGUGCUCCUGUUCCUGAGUGCAUGUCCAAGAAGCACUCAUGAAGAACAUGCAGUCCAAAUCCAUGUUAGAUUACUGGUGAGUCUAAAUUGGCCUUAUGUGUGAAUGUGAUCCGUCUCUCUUCAGCAAUAGAACGGCGACCUGUCCAGGGAUCACCCCGCCUCCUGCUCUAUGAUGGAUGUGUUAAGAGUUGACUCGAACAAAAAGUUUGACAUUUUAUGAAGUAAAUUUUCCGACUGAGAAACUGUAUUUAUCAAAGUGUCAGUCUCCUGCAUUCCUUUAUUGAUAAGAUCAAGCCUUAAAAACAGAUACUGGCGGCCUGAUACAUUUUGUUUUGUAUAUCACUGCUCAAUAACAUGAAUAACUUAAACUUCAUGAUAUGAUAUUGUUUCUAUUAUAAUGGAGCUUGAGAGCAUAAUUAAUCACUAGAUGUUGGCUGUGUUAAAUGUGUCAGUGAUUUAAAUGACCAGGGCAUGAAAGACUGACCUGCCAUGUUGCACAAUAUCAUCAAUCUUGUUGUCUUAUUCAGAUGAUCAGCAGUCAGGAUGCAAUGUUGUAUGCAGUGACCAAGACUGCAGCUUGCAUCUUCUUUCUCCUCAAAGCCAGUGAUGAACUAUUUCUUCUUAAAGCUUACAUUUUUGGUUUUUUUGGCAAUGUGGGGGAAACAGAGCAGGCUGAUAUCAUGUCGUCAUAUUUUUGUUUAUCCUGUGAAGCUGUUUUAGUAUAUAUUUUGGAAGCAGUCGCCUUCUGAUCAGGCAGUAUUAGGGCAUCCAAGUUGUAGUCAGUCAAUAUUUACUUAUAGGCAUGUUUUGCCUCCACCAAGAACGGACAAAAAUAAUAUAACAUGGCUCCUUGGCUUCUUAACUUGGUGACUGUGUUCAGCUGUGAGCUGUUUAUCUGUUGUUGCAUUAAGUAGGGAGUGCUCAGUGGCUUUAUUAGCUUUUUUUGCUGGAAACUGCUCUCUGUUGCAGCAGGAAAAUAGGCUGUUUAUAACAGUGUUCGUACGCUGGAAAACCAAAAUAAUGAGUUUAAAUAGGCUAAAGUGCUCUUUAAGCUGAAGAAAAUGCUAUGUAACUUACAUGGCAUUGAUUCAUUCCUAUAAGCAGUCCUGUGACACGAACACACUUACUACUCAUUAAACAAACAAACAAAAAAAGGUAACUAAGACAGUUUUGUUGGUUGGGCUGAAUAUUAGAAAAUCAUCUUAUUUGUGAAAAAAUUAUAUGCUUGUUAUGCAGGGCCAUGUUACCUGAAGUAUUUUUUAAUAUUGAAUGUUAUUUAUUUUAUUCUGCUGUUAUCAAGUUUUUCUUUUAUGCUUUAUUUCUAUUCAGAAUUUAAUUCAACAAGGUAAACUUUCAUAUAUUUUAUAUUCAUUACAUAUGAAGUGAAAUAUUACAAUUUUUUUUGCUUGUUUGAACUUUCAUGAUUAUGGCUCAUAGCUCAUGAGAAAUGCAAUAUCACAAAUUACUAGAAAUUCCAUUUCAGUAAAUUACUAUUCAAACAUGGGCGAGACUCCAGACUUGACAGCUGUCCAGGAGACAAUCAUGGACAUCUUCAAUGAGGAGGGUAGUCUGCAGAACGUCUCUGCUGAAAAAAGCUGUCUGUUUUCAUGGUGCCGAGUCGAAAAGAAAUAUGAUGGAAAGUUGACUGGAAGGAGAAAGUGUGGCAGGAAAUGGUGCACAAGCAAAAUAGAAAGACCACAGCCAAACGUAUUCCACUACAGAUUACGUGGACAAAAUGUAGUUUCUAACGUCUUCCGUUAAGUUACUCAAUGUGAUCUAAAUACUUUGGAUUACUUAAUAUAUUGUCAUGAUUUUGCAACUACAUGAAUGCAGCAAUCACAUCCUGCAAAUUCUUGCUUGUUUUUCUCUACCAAUUGGCUGUUUGUGGCAAAGUGGAUGAGCAGUCGUAAUGCUCUCUGCUUGUCCCAGAUGUGUUGACCUUUAUUUUGCACAUUAUGCACAUUGUUCUGUCUCUGUAUUUAUUUGCUAUGAUUUGGGAUUUGUCAAAGUAACAUGCUGCACUAACUAUCCCGGGUUUGUUUGUGUAAUCAUUCUGUUUCCGGCAAAACAAACAUUCUGCAAAUUAAUACUCAGUUACAUGUUUCUUUAUAUUUUAUUAUGUUACAGAUUAAGUCAUUUGUUCAUACUUACUUUGUUCUUUCUUUUCAGUCUUCAUGCAGGUCAGGUGUGGGGAAAGGCCCGUCUAGCAUUUUCUCAUUUUAAAGUGCUGAUGAUGUCACCCAUGACAUCAGCAGGUUGAACCAAGAGGAGGAAUUUCUUUUACCAUAGAAAUGCUUCCUUUUGUUUGUUACCAGGUCUAAAAGGAUUUGUUGAAACUUUUUUUUUUUUCAUAAAUAGAGCCGUUUAGUUGUGUAAAUGUGCUAAUCAGAAGUGAGAGGAGGUUUUUGUCAUUUUUAGUCAACUAUGUAGAGUUUUAGAUCACUCAGCUCAAGUGAGUGGUACUAGCUGGACUAAUUGAAGGGAAAUUGAUGGCCCUAUAUAUAGUCAGUCUCUGCCAGACUCAGAUGAGGAAGGAGAGGUGAGCUGUGUUACCAAAUCCAUGUACUUUUGAGUUUUGUUAAUUAAGUUACUUUGGGGGGGAAGUUUUGUUAAGUUUCACGUAUAGAGUCCACUGUAAAUAAAUUGCUCACCUCUGGAAACCCGAAAUGUCUGCUGAGUCUGCUUCCCUACCACCUUCCUUGACGUUCGAGUCUGACUACCCCCCACUGUUAAGCCCAAAUCUCCCUGAAUGGACAAUAUAUUUAUUGUAGAGGAGCAAAGACCUAUGUUAACAUAAGAUAAGAUGUUAGCUUGGUGGCGAGUAGCCUUCAGUAAUAGUAAUAAAUCACACAGCAAUAGUACAUUGAAGAUACUGAAUGGGCACGUAACCCAGGUAGCUACCACAAGGACUUACUUCCAGAUUUACUUUCCUUAUUUCUUUAGGUUGGAGUCUUUUCACACUGAGAGCAGCUUGGUUGCUGGCAAACCCUUUCUUCUUUAAAUAUGAAGUGGUGUCAGAAUUUCCAAGUAAGAAAUGCAUUCCUGCCCGUGCACUGCUGGCUCUGUUGUACUGGCUCCAGGUCCAUUGUGUAACUGACGCCACCAACAACAGGACGCUUACAUUAGAGCUUCUUAUUGCGUGUUUUGUUUGGGUUUCCAGCAAUGCGUUAAAUUACCAGAAUUAGAGAGGGGAUAGCCUAACAUAUGAAACAGGAAAUGACCGCUAUGUCGACUGUGUUCUAAUUAUCACCUAUUUAAACGGUAACUGUAUAAAUACGUAAUGCCGGAAAAUACGUUCAUUUACUCACCAGCACUGACCACAGCCUUUAGAGAAUUGUCAAGAAUCUGUUGAUUCAAGAGCUUAGGAAGGUUUCACAAGGGGUGGACUGGAGCUGAUGUCAAUGUAUCGAGAGUCAUCAGAUGUCUUCAGGAAUGGGACAUUGCAUUAAUAGGUGUAAUAGAUUUUGCAUUCCAAAUAUAAAGUCAUUCCUGACCAAAGAGAAUGUCAGAAGCAUCUUAUCUGGGCUAAGGAGAAAAACAAUUGGACUUUGUUCAGUCGCAAAUUCAGUUCAAUUUUAUUUAUACAGCACCAAAUCACAACAACAGUCGCCUCACAU